GAGACGAGCAAUAGACUCAUUUGAGAGAGAGAGAGAGCUUGAUGGUUUGUAUUUUUCUCACCGACCUUGGUGGAGCAGUUGAGAUUAAUUCACGAUUCGAUAAUGGUGAUUUUCUUUUCAGAAUGUGGUUUGCCGGAAGCCUAACAACUUCGUUCUCUCUCCCAGAGGGAGAAAAGUCAUCGAGAUCUGUGUCUUUCCGUGCGGCGUUGGCUUGACGAAGAAGCUGAGGAAUUUUGGUUACGAAUUUCAUGAUAAAAGUCUUCUUCACCUUUGAAUCCGAAGCAGAGAACAAUGCCGUUGGAGGUUAGAGCGGAAAAUGGAAAUAUAUAUGCCUCCGCUUCGUCCCUCUCUCUGAGCUUCAAUUAGUUACUGUUUGCGGAGCUUUCUCUCUGAGUUCGCUUCGGAUUUCCACACCUCUGUCGUUUUUACCUCCAGUCGCGAGUUACUACUCCAGUAAUUUCCAGAGCGUCUUGUUGAAGUUCUCGCUCGCCUCCACAAUACGUCUUCGUCUGCGUCGGUCUUAGAGCUAAACGAGGACGAUAAGUGUCUCAAUUGAACUGAAUUCGACGAAAACCUCGGUUCUUGACUUGUUUGAGCUUGGACAGAUUUUGACACAUUCAAUUGUUUUUCGCUGACUGUACUUUUCGACGACUAGGGAUUGGAACUAUGAACAAAAAUGCGCUACAAUUGUUCCAUGGUGCUAGGAGGAAGGUAAAAAUGAUUAGUAAUGUUACAUGGCUGUACCAGGAGAACUAGAAGAAUUGCUGACACUAGACUCUUAAUGAUCAUCCCCUUCCCAGACAGAAGCCAGAAGAUCGUCCAUGAAGCUACACAAUUCUUCCGCACCAUUAACUGUGCUCUUAUUCCUUUUUCUUGUCUCACGCACCAUUGCUGAUCUCAAUAUUGACAAACAAGCCCUCCUAAAUUUUGCUGCUGUUGUCCCACAUAGCCGAAAAAUCAACUGGAAAUCCAGUUCGCCAAUAUGCUCCUCUUGGGUUGGAGUGUCAUGUGACCCAAAUGGCACUCGAGUAAUUGCUCUCCGGCUCCCUGGUGUUGGAUUAUAUGGUCCCAUUCCAGCCAACACUCUUGGGAAGCUUGAUGAACUCACGAUCCUUAGCCUCCGAUCCAACUUCCUCAAUGGUAGUCUUCCAUCUGAUAUUCUUUCCCUUCGUUCCCUCCAAUCUGUACACCUACAACAGAAUAACUUCUCAGGUGAUAUUCCUUCCUCACUCUCCCCCAAACUCAGCUUUCUGGACCUCUCCUUCAAUUCCUUUACAGGCAACAUUCCAGACUCAAUUCAGAAUUUGGCGUACCUAACUGAAUUAGAUCUCCAGAACAAUUCCCUCAGCGGACCCAUUCCCCUUGUCAAUGCUCAAAGGCUUAAUCAUUUCAACGUGAGCUACAACCACCUGAACGGAUCAAUUCCAUCUUCCCUCCAGAAAUUUCCUGUUUCCUCUUUUGAAGGAAACUCUAUGUUAUGUGGAUCACCACUAAACCAGUGCUCCAUGAGUCCCUCACCCUCUCCCUCUCCUUCCCCAGCUUACUUGCCACCGUCUCCUUCUCAAGCUUAUUUUCCGCCACCUCUUUCCCCAAAUCACUUGCCAAUCUCACCCACAUUCCCUCCCCACAAACAAAGAGCCAAGAAGAAACUGACUAUGGGAGCUAUUAUUGCCAUAGCAGUUGGGAGUUCUGCCGUGCUGUUUCUUGCUGUUCUUAUGACACUGCUACUUUGUUCAAAGAAGAAAUGUGGAAGUGGUAGUGGCGUGCAACUAGGGAAGGCCCACAGUGGUGUAAGGAGUGACAAGCCUAGGGAGGACUUUAGCAGUGGGGUGCAAGUGGCUGAGAAGAACAAGUUGGUUUUCUUUGAAGGCUGUUCCUAUAAUUUUGAUCUUGAGGAUUUGUUGAGAGCCUCUGCUGAAGUUGUGGGAAAAGGGAGUUAUGGAACGACUUAUAAGGCUAUUCUGGAAGAGGGAACGACGGUAGUUGUAAAAAGACUGAAGGAAGUGGUGGUUGGUAAAAGAGAAUUUGAACAACAAAUGGAGACAGUGGGAAGGGUGGGAAGGCACCCAAAUGUUAUGCCUCUCCGUGCUUAUUUCUACUCUAAGGAUGAGAAGCUUCUGGUGUGUGACUACUUGCGGGGUGGGAGCUUAUCCUCCCAAUUGCACGGAAACAAGGAGACUGGAAGAACGCUCGACUGGGAAUCCAGACUCAAGAUUUGCCUCGGCGCUGCAAGGGGUGUUGCCCAUAUUCAUUCUGCUGGUGGCGCGAAAUUCACACACGGAAGCAUCAAGUCCUCCAAUGUCCUCCUUACCCAAGACCUCCGUGGCUGCCGCAUUUCUGAUUUUGGCCUAACUCCUCUCAUGGGCCUGCCAACUAUCCCACUUCGAAAUGCAGGCUACCGAGCCCCCGAGAUGAUUGAAACCAAGAGGUCCACUCAAAAGUCAGACGUUUAUAGCUUCGGUGUUCUCCUCCUCGAGAUACUGACAGGCAAAGCACCGGCACAGUCACCGGGCCAUGACGAUGUGGUUGAUCUCCCAAGAUGGGUUCAAUCUGUUGUUCGAGAGGAGUGGACAGCCGAGGUGUUUGACGUUGAGCUGAUGAUGUAUCAGAACAUCGAAGAGGAGAUGGUGCAGAUGCUCCAGAUUGCAAUGGCCUGCGUUGAGAAGGUGCCGGAGAUGAGGCCUAAGAUGGAGGAGGUUGUGAAGAUGAUUGAGGACAUCCGGCCAUCUGACACCGACAACGGGCCGUCGUCAAAGGAUAACAAGUCAAGAAGCCCAACCCCUCCGACAUCUUGGUUACUGUAACAACAAACUGCUGCUCUCUACUUCUUCUAAGGUUAGUAUUGAACAGUUCUUAGCUCCUGUCCUACAGCGGCGUGUAUCCAAAUUCUGCUGCAAAUUCUUUCCAGAAACGAACCAUGUUUAGUUUAAUUGGUUUCCAUCCUCUUGUAUCAAUUUCAAUGAGCAUUUAUUCCCUGGUUUUCUCUUCGGUUUUAUUAUUUCUGUUACUAAUUUUAUCGAUCUGAGUCUG